AUGAGUAAUCGAGAGGUGGUCGUUCUGAGCGUGGGAGGAAUGAGAUUUGUAACCCGGGCUUCCACCUUGCAGCAGUUCCCUGAGUCCCGGCUAGCACAGAUGUUGAACGAUGAUGACCGAGAAUUUAAACUAGUCAAUGGAGAGUUUUUUGUGGACAGAGAUGGAACUUUGUUUAGUUACAUCAUGGACUUCUUGAGGACUCUUCAGGUCUCCUUACCUGCUGAUUUCUCAGACUACCAGAGGCUGCAGAGAGAAGCAGAAUUCUAUGGGCUCUACCCUCUGGCCGACCUCCUGAGCCAGGAACACUUGCUGAAGCCAAGGCUGGAGAUCUUGGAAGUGCGCUUUUCUCUCCAAGAGAUGCAGGCCUUUUUCCGGAUCUUUGGUUCCUGCAGUACCACUGUUGAGACACUAGCUGAACAGAUCACCGUGUUUACAGGGCUGCAGUCAGGACAGAGCUGGAACAGCCCUUUUCCUUCUCAGAAACCACUCGUUCCACUUCCUUUGGAAAGACCUUCUCAUCACGACAUGGUUUUUCAGUGCGGUACUGACUACUCUGCUGGUGACCAGUUUGUGGCCAGGUACGUUUCCAUAAAGCCUGAUAAUAGAAAGCUGAUUAAUGGUGCUAAUGUGCUGGGCCUGCUGCUUGACACUUUACUCAAAAGUGGAUUUCGCCUCAUAAGCACCAGGACAGUCUCCCGUGAAGAAAAAGUCGAAUGCUACAGUUUUGAAAGGAUGAGGAGGCCAGCAGGCCUUGGUGUCACGGUGAACCAGACCCCCGGGAGCUGCCGGACAGCACAGGCAAAGAGAAGCCAAGUGCAGAAAGGGAAAUAA